UUAUUAGUCUUGGACUAGAUAUAUAUUUAUAUUUUCUCUCUUUAUGUCUUUUUUCGUUAAAUUUCACACUUUAUUUGUACUUUGUGCUUAAACACAAUAGGCCGUGAAGUUUUUUUUACGCUUAUUGCUUUUGAUAAUACUAUGGUGCACAAUAUUAUCUUAAGACGUUAGAAAAAUUUUCAGUGUCGAUUAAGGGAUAUUGUCAUAUUCAAUUGGUCGCCAAAGACAUGAACAAUACUGAAAAAAUAAAUAUAUAGAACAAAUAUGAGUUCUAAGCUAAUAACCUUACUUUCUUAUAAUAUGAAGCUUACUUUUAACAUUAUUGAAUAAUUGAUUGUGGUAGCUUAAUGGCCAAGGGUAAUUCCUUUUACGGGAUAGUCUUGGGUUCGAAUCCCCAAUCCAUUAGUUUUGAUGUGCUAAAUUUAGCAAUAAGCCAAGUAUUGAAAAUAAAAGCAAAAAUAUUGUGUAACUAGGGAUAGAUCCUUGAUCGUGUGGGUGGAAGUGAUGGCUUCAACUAGCUCACCUAGGUGCAAUACCAUUAAUUUUUGGGUGCACUAGUAACUAUAUCCCAAUUUAUAAAGGUAUAUAUACAUAUAUAUGUACAUAAUUUUUUUCGACGUUAACGAAUGUACGUGCACCUCCAUUGACACAUGUGGGUCCACCUCUGAUCACAACUGUUAAUAAUUUUUAUAUGGUUGCUGAAUUUUAUUUUUGAAUUACUAAAAUCAUUUAAUUAGAGUAUGUGUUAAUUUCUCAAAAUAAUUCACUGAAAAGAGUUACUAUGCUACGGUAACAGACGAUCUUAUAUCAGGAUUAUGGAUAAUAUUAGUUCAAAAUAUCAAUAUCCAAGAAGGCAAAACGCAAUGGAUCUAUCUUGCUCUCCACGAAAGGAACUAUAUGUUUCACCAUUAUUAUCCAGAAAAGGACAAACAUAAAUAUAACAAGCUUUAUGGUGAUUUAUCUUGAGACUAUAAGAGUUUGAAUUUGUAUACUUAAUGAACACCAAUAAUUAUAUUUUAAUAUUAAUCUAAUAGGACUUUGGCUUAAUAUACUUAAUCAAAACCAACGAUUAUAUUUUGAUACUAACAGAAUAUAUAUUUGCUUCGUCAAAUGUAAAUCUCUUGAACGACUGAUAUCAAAUUGAUUUCAAAUCUCCUAUCGCCGUUUUUCGUUUUAUUUUAUUGCACCCAUUUAGAAACUUCUUCUCUAAUCAAACAUUUGUUCUUAGUUUACACAAAGAACAUAUAUAAUUGUUGCCUUAUGCUCCAAGAUAAGUCUAUCCUUAGUCAACGUUAUCUUUGCCAACAAGUACGUUUGACUAAAUUCUAAAAGCCAAAUAUUUGGAAUGGAUAUAUACAUAUAUAGUGACCAACCUACUCUGCUAGUUAUCUCAGAAUUCAGGACUUAAAAGAACUUGAUACUGAUGGCAAAUCUAGCAGUAUUCCUUUCUCUGUUACUGUUUCCAUUGCUUCUAUUAAGCUAUUUUCUCCUGAAAAUUUCCUAUUCCAUCUUGAUAAAACCAAAAUUGCUGGAUAAGCACUUGAAGCGGCAAGGAUUCAAAGGCACUCACUACAAGUAUUUCCUUGGAGACCUCAAAGAUGUUGGCAAUCAAAUGGAUGAGGCAUGGUCCAAGCCAAUUAGCUUAACCCACGAUAUUGUGUCACGUGUUGAUCCAUUCACUCAUUAUAUGGUCCAAAAAUAUGGGAAGAUAUCUCUGAGUUGGCUUGGGACGUCACCAAGAUUGAUCAUCAUGGAUCCAACACUGAUAAAAGAAGUGCUCUUAAACAAGCAAGGCCACUUUCAUUUACCGCCAUUGAACCCUCUUGUGUUGAUUCUAACUAAAGGAUUGACAACUCUAAAAGGUGAAAAAUGGGCUAUGCACAGAAAGCUAAUCAAUCCCGCUUUCCACUUGGAGAAAUUGAAGCGCAUGAUCCCCACAAUAGCAGAAAGCUGUGCGUUUAUGAUAGAGAAGUGGAUGAAAACAAUUAGCCCUGAGGGAACUUCAGAAAUAGAUAUAUGGCCUGAAUUUCAAGAACUUACUGGUGAUAUCAUUUCAAGAACAGCAUUUGGAAGCAGCUAUGAAGAUGGAAUGAAGAUCCUGGAACUUCAAAAAGAACUGCAGCAACUUGUGAUAGAAGCUAUGGGAAUGUUAUAUAUUCCUGGUUUCAGAUUUGUUCCAACAAAAAAGAACCGAAGAAGAAAGGAGUUGGAUAGAAAGAUCACUUCAAUGCUUAAAACAAUUGUGGACACAAAGGAGAGCAUGAUCAGAACAGGGAAAACCAGGGAAGAUGACUUACUGGGCUUGCUCUUGCAAUUUAACAACGAGAACAAUUCGCUAAAUAAUAUUAAUAAUAGUCAGAUGACAAAGGAGGACAUAAUAGAAGAAUGCAAACAGUUUUACCUUGCCGGUCAUGAAACAACAUCAAGCUUAUUGACAUGGACUCUGAUUGUGUUGGCUAUUCACCAGGACUGGCAAGAAAGGGCAAGGCAAGAAGUUCUAACAGUUGUUAGGGAGAAGAAUCCUGAUGCUGAAGCAAUAAGCCACCUCAAAAUUGUAACUAUGAUACUUAAUGAAGUGCUCAGGCUAUAUCCACCGGUGAUCGCUCUGUACAAACGCGCUUACAAAGAAUGUAAAAUAGGAGAUCUCUAUAUUCCAGCUGGGUUGGAUCUAACACUACCUAUAAUGCUAAUUAAUCGCGACACGGAGCUGUGGGGUGACGAUGCAGAAGAAUUUAAACCAGAGAGGUUCGCGGAAGGAAUUUCACAUGCUUGCAAAGAUCCAACACAGAUGGCAUUCAUGCCAUUUGGAUGGGGACCGAGGACUUGUAUAGGCCAAAACUUCUCCAUGAUAGAGGCAAAGGUUGCACUCUCUAUGAUAUUAAAGAAGUUCUCCUUCAGGCUCUCACCAACCUAUGCUCAUGCUCCGUAUACUGUUAUGACUCUUCAACCACAACAUGGAGCUCAGAUCAUGUUUCACCCACUUAACUAGGAUAAAUCGAGUUAUUAUGUGUUGAAGGUUCUCAUUAAAUAAGAAAAUCAUGUAUUUUCCUUUGCCUAAGUUGAGCUUGUUAAUUGAGAGUGUUAAAGCAACAUAGUCAUUAAUUUCAAAUAUAAAGAGUGAUUAAGCAAUAAUAGCAUCUACUUUGACCAUUUUGAUUCA